AUGAUAAUUAACAAUGCUCUGGUUAACGGUGAAUUGCCGCCAGCGAACCCAACCCUAGAAGAAAAAUUUGCCCGGCAAACUAAGCGGGAGUUUCUCAAAGAAUGCAAAACUGAGGAGAAAUACCAAAAAGAACAGAGUGAAAACCGGAUUAAAUCCCUAUUUGUGGUCCAAAAGGAACUAAAUGAACAACAAAAAUCAGCCCAGGAACUAGUGCUAGCGGGCAAGAGUGUUUUUCUGACCGGAGCAGCUGGCACCGGCAAGAGUUUUUUACUAAAGCACUUAAUCAGGCUCUUACAAGAAAAAUACAGCGGAGAGCAAAUCGGAAUUACUUCCACGACUGGCACGGGAGCCAUUAUCAUUGGGGGAAACACUAUUCAUUCCUAUUUAGGAAUUGGCGUAAUUGGACACUUACCAGCCAAGAUUUCCAUGUUAGAGGGGGAACUAUUUACUAAAUUAGAAACUUUAGCCGGAAUUAUCAGAAAAAAUCCAGAGCCUUUUGGUGGUAUCCAGUUAAUUUUAGUAGGCGAUUUUUGCCAAUUGCCCCCAGCUGGCAAAACCGAAGUAGGAAAUUUGAACACAAAAGAACUAGCUCAAUUACCGGGUGAUGCUUAUUUUUUUGCCGCGAAAGACGAAGAAAAAUUUCUCGGUCAGUCGGCCGAGUUAGCCCGAAGUUGUUUGGCCGCCGCGAAACUGGAAUUAAAAGUCGGAGCCCAA